CUUGAAGAUAUCUUGUUUAAUAAGUCGAUCGAGUUAAUCUUUGUCUUAAAAGUUCAAACAUUUUAAUCAAUUGAGCAAGUGACACUCUCAACUUCCAAAGAUUUUAAAUAUGAUAUUUUACUCCGUUUUGUUAUCGUAUGCAUUCGUGAAUAUUUUGGCAGAUAAUAUAAACGACUAUAUAGAAGAGGUUAACAUCACAAACCAACUCAUUGAGACUGCUUGUCAAGUCUAUGUUCCUAAUGCAGGCCUGUAUGGAUUGGAGUAUACAAUUAAAAGAAUUCUUCGCGAAGAUAAAUAUCCAAUGGAGCAAUUGAAUUUCAUGAUGGCAAUACCAGAUUAUACAAACAGAUCUUUCAGCAGAUACACCAGAUAUCAGGAAAAAAUGCAACGUGAAAUAAUCACCGCCAUAGGUAUUGAUAUUCCUAAGGCAAAACAAGGUGAUAGUUUGGAAAGUCUAGGAGAUAAAAGAAGAAAAAUAACUGGCCCAACUAUAAAACACUUACUCUACAACGUUAUGCUACAUGCGACACUUGGGCAAGAAGAUGAUCUUUCUCAUAAGCAAAAAUGUCAUUUAAUUGGAUUGGCAAUGAGUACAAUAAAUCCAUCGAAUUAUAUAGUAACCGCUAAUAUUGAAAAUAAUACUACUUGUGUCAUAACUGAUUUUAAUAACAAUAUUAAAAAAUACAAACAGUUUGAAGGCAAAUUUUGGGAAUUAGAACUCGAUCAUACAAAAAAAGUAAAACUUCUUGAUCAGUUAUAUCAGCCAGACGAUUUAGACCAGUUUAUCGAAUUCCUUUAA